AUGAGUUACUACAUUUUUCGGAGUAUCAGUCACGGCUGUGGAUGGGCCCAGACUUUUUGUAGACAUGCUUACUACCUAAGACCUGACUAUAAAAUACAGGCUUCGGCCUGGGACAGUGAAGAUUCAGGGUCUGAGGAGGAGAGAUUAAAAGAGUACCAAAAGUACUGGCAGGAUACCUCAAGUGAAGACGAGAAUGAACCUUACUGCUCCAAAAACCUAAGACCUGACAAUAAAAAACAGGCUUUGGGAUGGAACAGUGAGGAUUCAGAGUCUGAGGAGGGAAAGGUGAAAGACAAGGGGAAGCGCCCGCUCAACCCGAGAUUUUAUCACCCGAAAAAACGCAGACCGGCCACUGAGGAGGAGGAUCCUAAAAAGGAAGAAGGGGAGGAUGAACCUCAAUGUUUGGGAGAAACAAACAACAUCCAGAAGCUUGAAGAAGUUCUGGAGGAGGAGGAAGUCCAGCACAGUGAGCCUAAACGCAAAAAAGGAUUCUUCUGGACUCUAAUACGAAAACUUAAAAAGAAAAAACAUCUUAAAGUUCCAGAAGAAGAGCAGAGUUCACCGUCAAUUCAGAAGAGCAAGGAGACUUGGGAGAAACAAAGUAUUGAUCUUGAUGAAUACUUU